UCCAAAGCAAACUUCCAUUCAUUUCCUAUAAAUAACCCCACAAAUCUUAAAGUACAUUUCAUGUUUUUGAUUUCAUUCAGUUUGGUCACCCACUAUUCCAUCAAAACUUUCCCUACUUUUCUUCCCCUUCCCCCCCCUCAAACUCCAUUCCCUCUUUUAAAAACUCCACACAAUAUCAUUCCAAUAUGUGUCGUCCAUUACUCGGCCGUCCUUGUUGCCUUUCCCUUCUUACGUUUCUCUUCGUCGUCGUUGUCAUCUUUGACAUUCUCUCGACAUGCUCCGGCUCGUAUCCUGAUGUUGAUAAUCCUCUACCGUCAAUUAGCAGCGGUGAUAAAGAAGUUGAUGGUCAACAUUAUAAAUACUCCUCUGAAUUCUCCAGCAUGUUGAGGACGAGGUUGGAGAAGAUGGCGUCAUCGCCUUUGGCAUCACCGGAGAUAUUCAACGUGGAUGAUUACGGAGCAAUGGGUGACGGAGAAGACGAUAGUGAGGCGUUUAAAGAAACAUGGAAGGACGCAUGUUCAUCUACAAAUGCCAUUUUUCUGGUUCCCUGUGAUAGAGUUUAUCAUCUUAAGCCAAUCACCUUCACUGGUCCUUGUAACUCUCCUCUUCUAUUUAAGAUCGAAGGGACAAUAAAAGCAUCCCCACAUAUAUCAGAUUAUGAGAAAGACAGAAGGCAUUGGAUUAUAUUUCAAAAUUUGUUAGGUCUUAGAGUGGAAGGUAAAGGCAUUAUUAAUGGAAAUGGAAGAAAAUGGUGGUUAAAUUCCUGCAAAGUCAAUAAAACUCUUCCUUGCAAGGAAGCUCCAACAGCUGUUACUUUCUUUCAAUGUACGAAUCUGAGAGUGGAAGGGCUGAGGUUCAGAAAUGCACAACAGAUGCAUCUUUCUUUUCAGAAAUGCAACAAUGUCAAAGCUCUAAAUCUCUGGAUACAUUCACCAGGAAACAGCCCCAACACUGAUGGCAUCCACGUCACAGGCACUCAAUUCAUUGUCAUCAAGAACUGUCUUAUUAUGACUGGUGAUGACUGCCUUUCAAUCGUAAGUGGAUCGAAAAACGUCCGAGCAAAGGGCAUCACUUGUGGACCAGGUCAUGGAAUCAGUAUUGGAAGUUUGGGAGCUGGAAAAACUGAAGCAGAGGUUUCUAACGUGGUGGUUGAUACAGCAAAAUUUUCAGGAACAACAAAUGGAGUGAGAAUUAAAACUUGGCAGGGAGGAAAAGGGUAUGCACAAAACAUAAUAUUCCAGAACAUUGUGAUGGACAAUGUGACCAACCCAAUAAUCAUAGAUCAAAACUACUGUGACCAGAAAGAACCAUGCACACAACAGGUAAACACUUCAAUAACAGAAUUCAGCACAACCCAGAACUUCAAUAUUUACAAAAAAAAAUAUCUCCUAAAUAUUUUAUCAAACACCAUACAGGCAGACGCAGUAGAGGUGAGUAACGUAGUAUACCAGAACAUCAGAGGCACAAGCGCUUCAGAAGUGGCUGUGAAAUUCAAUUGCAGCAAAAGCAUCCCAUGUCAGGGGAUUCUUCUACAAGAUAUCAAUCUGGUUCACAAAGGAAAAAAUGAUGACAAAUCGGCCCAAGCCGAAGCUUCCUGUAAAAAUGUCAAGUUAAAAAACAGAGGAAGGGUUUCUCCACUGUGCGGAGGACGAUGAAGAAGAAGAAGAAGAAGAAAUGGGGGAUCCGAUUUUUGCAAAUGCUUGAUUGGGUCAAUUGUAUAUUCAAAUAAUUUACACUUUUCUUAGACAAAAUGGAUUAGUGGUUCGUUCUAUUCUAAUUAGAUAUCGUUAUUUUUUUCUUCUUUUGGGGAUAAACCAUGUAAAAUAGGGUUAUUGUUUGGGGUUAUUAUACGACCCAUUGUAGCACUCAUUAAAUGGAGAUUUAAGAAUUCAUGAAUAAAGUAUUUUUUAUAUAUACA